UGGCGACGCUGCCUCGUGGAAGUUCGUUCGCAAUUUGACAACCGACUCGGUGCAGCGACGCUCCGAAAAAAAUUUGUUUUUCCGCGUGCAUAUUUUUUGGCGGUCUAACAAUUUUUUUGUUAAACAAACUGCACCCAGUGCGGCAAAGAAAAUUAUGAUAUCUUGUUAUUAAUAAUUUUGAUAUAAUUUUUUUGUGAUUUAUUUUAAUAUCUCAACAAAUAUAACAUACGUACAAAGUUUUGCAGCCAAUUUUUUUACUUCUAGAUAGAAGUUUUCUAGAUAACUUUAUUUAAAAGAUAUCUCCCGAAAUUGGUUCUCCUUAUUGGUUCUCAGAGAAAUUUAUUCAGAGGAUAGCUAUCGAGAGGUGUGAAGAAAACGGCCGUUAGAGAAGAACGAGAGCUCUGGUCUUUCGUCAUUCGUCGACGAUAUAUUUGUCAGAUCAGCGAUAUAUGAUACGCAAUAUAUAGACGCGCAAGUGUUUAAAUCUCGUCGCGCUCGUUUGGUGGCACUUCGUCCAUACGGAAGCAACUUAAACGAUGUCGAUUUGACAUAAUCGAUCAAUCACAUUGCUUGAUCGAAGUGUUGAAACAUCGUUAUCGCUCCGCGAUAUUCAGCUUGUUGCUGGUCGGAAACGUUAUUUACUCUUGCGACGAGUAAACUCGAGGUAAGUUGCCUCAGUUACUCGGUGAUCUCCCGCGUCUGGUCAUACCGGUUUUCCGAUCGCGUCGAUCCGAAUCUUGUUUAUAUCAAAAAAACUGUUUGUUUCUACUCCGUGAGAAAUGGCAAUGCUGAGCAAAGAUCUGCCCGAUAUCGAAAACAUACUGAACGUCAAUCCGAAGUCCAAAAGUCACGCGAGUCUCGUGCCGUCGGCCUGUACCAAGGAGAUCAAGCAGCACUGGAAGAGAAACAUUCACGAGAAAUGUGACAGUUGCACAACUCUGACGAAGAACUUCGACGAUAUAAAGCACACGACGUUGAGCGAGCGAGGCGCUCUGAAGGAAGCGGCGCGUUGCCUCAAGUGCGCGGACGCGCCUUGCCAGAAGUCCUGUCCCACGCAACUGGACAUCAAGUCCUUCAUCACGUCCAUCUCCAACAAGAAUUAUUAUGGCGCGGCUAAGGCGAUCCUUUCGGACAAUCCGCUCGGUCUCACCUGCGGCAUGGUCUGUCCGACCAGCGAUCUCUGCGUGGGCGGGUGCAAUCUUUACGCGACCGAGGAGGGUCCGAUCAACAUCGGCGGGCUUCAACACUUCGCCGUGGAUAUCUUCAAACGGAUGAACAUUCCUCAAACUCGAAUACCGAAUCAAACGGUACCUUAUCCAAACACCAAGAUAGCUUUGCUCGGCUGCGGACCGGCUUCGCUCUCGUGCGCAACGUUUCUCGCCCGACUCGGUUACGACGACAUUACGAUCUUCGAGAAGGAGAAUUACAUUGGCGGAUUGAGCUCUUCCGAAAUACCGCAGUACAGACUUCCGUACGACGUCGUCAGCUUCGAGGUGGAUCUCGUCAGGGAUCUGGGAGUAAAGAUCGAAUUAGGAAGGUCGUUAUCCGAAGAUGACUUGACGAUACAGAGUCUUCAAGAUGCGGGAUACAAAGCGAUUUUUUUGGGAAUCGGCUUGCCCGAGCCGAAGACUGCAACGAUCUUCGAAAACCUCACGCCGGAAAUGGGUUUCUACACGUCGAAGAAUUUUCUGCCCGCCGUCGCGAGAGGCAGCAAACCCGGAAUGUGCGCCUGCAAAACCAAUCAGCUCCCGUCUCUCCGCGGCACCGUGAUCGUACUCGGCGCGGGAGACACCGCCUUCGAUUGCGCCACUUCCGCUCUCCGAUGCGGAGCCAGAAAGGUGUUCGUCGUCUUCCGGAAAGGUUUCACCAAUGUGCGCGCUGUUCCAGAAGAGAUGGACUUGGCCAAGGAAGAGAAAUGCGAGUUCGUACCCUUCCAAUCGCCGAAGCGAGUCAUUCUUCGCAACAACAGAAUCGCCGCGAUCGAGUUCUACCGGACCGAGCAAAACGAGAAAGACGAGUGGAUAGAAGACGAGGAACAGAGGGUCACUUUGAAGGCGGACUUUGUAAUUUCGGCUUUCGGCUCGGGACUGUACAAUUCUUCUGUGAUGCGCGCAAUGGCGCCAAUCGAGAUGAACGGAUGGAACCUGCCGGAAGUGAACGAGAUCACGAUGGCGACGUCGGUGCCAGGUGUGUUCUGCGGAGGAGACCUCGCCGGUGUCGCACAGACGACCGUGGAAUCCGUGAAUGAUGGAAAAACAGCUGCGUGGUACAUUCAUCAAUACAUACAGGAAUCCUAUGGUUUGACGGUACCGAAAAAUCCGCGGCUACCGAAGUUCCACACCGCCAUCGAUGACGUUGACCUGAGCGUCGAGUUCUGCGGUCUGAAAUUCGAAAAUCCCUUCGGUCUCGCGUCCGCUCCACCCUGCACCACCAGCGCGAUGAUCCGACGAGCUUUCGAGGCCGGUUGGGCUUUUGCCAUCACGAAAACCUUUUCUCUGAACAAGGAUCUCGUCAUCAACGUGUCGCCGCGCAUCAUCAAAGGCACAACGUCCCGACAUCACUACGGGCCCGAGCAAAGUAGCUUUUUGAACAUCGAGUUGAUAUCCGAGAAAACCGCGGAGUAUUGGUGUCGGAGUGUCGCAGAACUGAAACGAGACUUUCCCACGAAGAUCGUUAUCGCGAGCAUUAUGUGCACAUAUAACAAGGCCGAUUGGGUGGAACUGGCAAGCAUGGCGGAAAGAGCUGGUUCUGACGGCCUCGAACUGAAUCUAUCCUGUCCUCACGGCAUGGGCGAAGUCGGAAUGGGUUUGGCUUGUGGACAGGAUCCAGAGCUGGUCAGAAACAUUUCUAGAUGGGUUCGCGAAACCGUCAAGAUACCAUUCUUCGUUAAAUUGACGCCAAAUAUCACCGAUGUUCUUUCAAUCGCCAAGGCGGCUUACGAGGGUAAAGCCGAUGGCGUUACCGCGAUUAACACCGUGUCGGGAUUGAUGGGUUUGUACGCUGACGGAACUCCAUGGCCGGCGGUGGGUCUCAAUAAACUGACGACAUACGGCGGUAUGUCGGGAAACGCAACCAGACCCGUAGCUCUGCGAGCCAUCUCGACAAUUUCGAAGCAUCUUCCGGGAUUUCCGAUACUCGGCACUGGCGGCGUCGAUUCGGCCGACGUCGCUCUGCAAUUCUUACAUUGCGGCGCAUCGGUCGUUCAGAUUUGCAGCGCUAUUCAAAAUCAAGAUUUCACUGUGAUAGACGAUUAUGUCACCGGUUUGAAAACGUUAUUGUAUCUGAAAACUCUGAAGCAAGUGAAAGACUGGGACGGUCAGAGCCCGCCGACGUUUAAGCACCAGAAAGGCAAGCCUGUUGUUUCAAUGCAACACGCUCUCGGCAAGAACGUACCGUAUUUCGGUGUGUAUCAAAGGUUGCGCGAGAAGAAGAUAGCCGAGCUGAAAGCAAACUCGAAUCCAUUGGACGGGACCGUUACGGCGACACGACCGGCACCUGGACCGAUCAAGUCAAUUCCCGCUUUGAAGGACGUGAUAGGCAAAGCGCUGGACCACAUUGACAAUUUCAAUGCGUUAGACAAUUUGAGACAAGUCGUGGCUCUGAUCGACGAUGAUUUGUGCAUAAAUUGCGGCAAAUGCUACAUGGCUUGCGCGGACUCCGGAUAUCAGGCGAUCUCCUUCCAUCCUGACACUCACAUUCCCACAGUGACGGACGAUUGCACCGGAUGCACGCUCUGUCUAUCUGUGUGUCCGAUCAUCGACUGCAUCACUAUGGUUCCCAAAACAAUUCCGCACAUAAUUAAAAGAGGCGUGCCUCUGAAAACCGGUAAUUUUCUGAACAAUGUACAUCUCGUGACGGUUAACCGCCAAUAACAUUUUUUUUGGUGGAUUCGAACUCGGGACCUCCCCCGCACUCAGUCCGCCAGACUACCGGGCCCCGGUCUUGAUAAUCAAUAAAUUAUGUAGUAAAUUCGAAGCGUCACCUCUCAGGUGACACGUUAAUUAACAAGAAUUUUAUAUUGUUAUUAUACCAAAUGAUUCGAUCUGUAAUAGAUUAGCAUUCCCUAAUAGGCACAUUUGUGAAAAUAUUGCACAAAAAUAUAUGACAUCAUGAGUGACGACAA